CAAAAGUGUGAGAGAAAAACCAUCAUUACUACAUCACUCACUAGAAGCAGCCCACAUUACAUUAUACAUUGCCCACAAAACCUAAAUCUCAAACAAAUCAUUACUUCUCCCUCUCUCUCUUUAUUUCUCCAGCAAUAUUCCCUCCUUUUUCAACUCCAUAAACUCAAGUGCCAAACACAUAGCUUCUCUUUCUUCUCUCUUCUCUCUCCUUCUCGCUCUUAAUAUAGUUGAAAGAUUUUGUUGAUACAAAACACAAGGCUUAAAGCUUUAAAAGAGAAGAAGAGUUUGGGUUUAGUUUCUUGGAAUGGGAAAAGGCUUCAGACUAGUAACCAGUCUUCUUCUUCUUUCCUUCCUCUCAUCAGGUAUUAAAGCUAGUAGUGAACCAAUAGCAGAAGAAAAAGACAUAACCACACCAUUAGCCACAAACCCAUCAACAACCACGCCAACAACCGUGGUCCCUAACUCCGACUCUGACGCUGCCGUGGCCACAACUCCCCUAACGAUUCCAUCGCCACCACACGCUGCCGCCCAUCCAGGUGGGAGCUGGUGUGUUGCGAGAGAGAACGUUGCAAAAAUGGCGUUACAAGCAGCUUUGGACUACGCGUGUGGGAUCGGUGGAGCAGAGUGCUCGGAGAUACAAGAAGGAGGAAAAUGUUAUAACCCUAACUCGUUAAGAGCACAUGCCUCUUUUGCCUUCAACAGUUAUUACCAGAAGAAUCCAAUUCCUAGUAGUUGCAAUUUUGAUGGAACUGCUGUCACUAUCAGUGCUGACCCAAGUAUAGGAUCAUGCCACUUUCCGUCUACAAGCACGAGUGAAUCAAUACUGAACGUGUCGACUGAAGAUGGAUUAGGGCUUUUUGGGAGAAUACCGUCACAUCCAACUCCCAAGCCCGAAGCUUCAGUCUCAUCCUCCAAAACUUUGUCAUUUCUCUACUUCUAUUCUCUUCUUCUUUGCUUUUGUUUUUAUAUUUUUUUGUUAUGACCUUAAUUGUUCAUGUAAUAUAUAACUAAUUUCGGCUGAAUAUUACUUUUUGUUUCAGUUCCGAAUC